ACGUCACGUCAUAUUUUUUUUUUAAUACAAAAAUGUUUGGGAUAAGACAAAAAAUUUCCGAUCCCCCCGAAGAACCAAGUGCGCCAUCAUUAAAUCCCGACCCGGAAGUGCGUUCGGAUUGGUUGAUAAAUAUAAAGCGAUUUCGGCGUCCAAGUCGAAAAUACAUAAAAAUCACAAAACCCGAGAAGGUAUUCGUCACCGGAAGUAAAUACACCGGCGAAUGGAUGGGGAUGCAAAUGUGGGGAUCUGGGACCUACACGAUGCUGCAUAACGUUAAAUACGAAGGCCGAUUGAUGGACGGCGAUUUCCACGGCGCUGGGUCGUUAAUUUAUCCAUCCGGAUAUAAAGUGGACGGUUUUUGGUGUAAAUCCCAUUUAAUAAAAGGCGCAAUUGUUUACCCCGAUGGAUUAGAAUACGUUUACCCCUUCAAAUAUUGCAAAGCUAAAGAUCGCCGAUUUUCCUCAACCAUAGAAAACGGGUUUAAUCCUGCUCGAAAAGAAAGAUUAACAAACGAAGAUGUUCCAAGGAAAAUUCCACCGGGUUGUUACGAUUGCGGGUAUGGCUUUUAUGACCCCAAUGUACGUUGCGUUUUUAGCGUACACGACCCAACAAAAACCCUUAAAAUACCUUCGUUGAACGAAGAAAAAUGGAUCAAAAGGUAUUGCAGGAAAGCUUGGGAUGAACCCGUUGGUUAUAGACCGGAUUUGUACGAAAAAUGGACAAAUGGGAGUAAAGCCGAUUAUAAAUCGAUACCAUCCGCGUCUUCUUCCGAUGAAUCGUCCCUCGAAUCAGCAUUAGAUGAUGUUCUUAUUUGAAAGAAAUAAAUUUUUUGAAUUAA